AUGGCUCCCAGGAAACUCCACGUUGGAAUCGUUGGCCUCGGUCGCAUGGGCCGUCGGCAUGCGUUGAAUUUCUUGGAGCGUACUUUCCGUGCAGACGUUGUUGCCGCCUGGGCUCUCGAUGAUGAAGAAGCCGGAUGGGGCCACAGGGAGUUGGAGCCCCACGGUGCAACAAUCUACACCGACUACGACCAAUUCUUGCAGCACGCCGGACUCGAGGCUGUUGUAAUUGCCACCAUCGCCGGAGCACACGCAGAUCAAGCCAUCAAGGCCAUCGAGCGGGAUAAGCAUGUUCUCUGCGAAAAGCCGCUCAGCCAUAGCUCAGAGAUUUCUCAAUCAGUUGUCGAUGCGGCAAGCCAGAAGCCUCAGCUAAAGGUUCUCUGUGCGUUUUCCCGUCGUUUCGAUGCUUCCUACCUAAAAGCGUGGGAGCGGGUAAAGUCGGGCGCAAUUGGCGAAGCAGUCGUGUUCCGUUCUCAGACAUGUGACAUGAUCAACCGCACGAGCUUUUUUCUCCCAUAUGCUAAAGCCAGCGGGGGCGUCUUUCUGGACCUCAACAUCCACGAUAUCGACUUGUGUCUCUGGUUCCUCGGGCAGGAUGUUGUGGUAAAAAGCGUGUCGGCAAGCGGCGUGUGCGCUGUUCACCCCGAGCUGGCCGAGGUCGGAGACGUCGACAACGCCAUGAGCACGGUCGAGUUUUGGGACGGCAAGGUCGCGCAGUUCUUCGCAUCUCGCAUCAUGGCAUCCGGGCAGCAUGACAUGUCGGAGAUCAUUGGAACCAAGGGGAAACUAGUCGUCAACAGCAACCCGGCAGACUCGCUUGUUGAGAUGCAUGAGGCGGGAGGCAUCCGGCGCGAGCUCCCCACAGACUACUAUGGUCGAUUCGAACAGGCUUUCGUCACAGAAGCUAACGAGUUCACGGCGGCGUGUCUGGACGACACUGAGCUCCCUUUCAGUCUACCUGGAGCGGUAAAGGCGGUAGAGAUUGCAAUUGCUCUGAGGGACAGUCUUGCAUCAGGUCAAAAAAUCCAUUUUGACAGGUCGGGACGCCGCAUUAGUUAG